AUGUUUCCGGCGCUAGAGGCUGGACAAGCCUCCAUCGUCACUUCUCAUAGGUGCGCUUCUCGGCACACAGCCGACGAUGUCGUCUUGCCGAUAUUCGACCCGAAUGCACACCUUGGCUUGAUGGGACAAAGUCAUGUGGUUGGCUCGGAUUUGGGCGAAUUCGAGAGUAAGCCGCUCGAAAUUGCCUUAUCAUCCAAGCGUCAAGUCAAAAUCCUCCAUUCCUGCAGGCAAGUCGGAGUGACGGUGUCGUGCUGUGACUGUGAGAGCGACGAGCGGGUCGUUGAUUUGGCGGCUCUGGAAAAAAACGCAUGCCAAACCGGCAUGUUGGUGAAAUCUAGAUGGUUCAGCGGCUUUGGGAUGGAGUGGUUGGUGGAUAUUUACGAUUUAAGAUGGCGCCUUGAGCUUGAAUCCCUCGCGAAGCUCCAGAUGCGACCAGGGGAGCUCCAAAAUCCCCUGUGCCAUCUUUCCAAACCCGCAAUGUGUCCGAGCAGGACAUAUGGUGCUAAAGAUGGGGCCAGGCCUCUGUGGACAGAUGAGGUCAUCGGAGGUCGCAUUUAUUCAUGGCACCGCCAACCAUCUUUUGGGCGACUUGAGACCCUCAAACCGCACUCGUCUUUUAUUGCUCCUAUUACCAAGCUUUCUAAACACCCAAGGAUUCGUGUUUCCACUGCUGUUGACACCACCUGCCAAAGAGACGAAUUCUGCACAUGCAAGGGUGUUGCUGUUGUUACAUCACGGCCAUUCACUUUCCCUCACCUGAUCUGCAACAUCACCAGCGAAACAUCGAGCUAG